AUGAGUGACAAAAAUAAAGGAUUAGGUGGUGGAAAAUUAGAGUUUACUAAAGUAGUACCUAAAUUCUUGGAGAAGCUAAAAGGGAAAGAAGUAGACAUCAAUGAUAAAUUCAAAGAUUAUAUGGCAAAGGCUGAUGAUGAUGAUGACAAAGACAUUGUAGAUCAAGAGGAGAAAGAUGCGAUCGAACGUGCACUCAAAGAUCAAGAAGAUAACGAACAUAAACUGAUAGAGAAGAAAAGACUGAAAGAAGAAGAAGAGCGGAAAGCCUACGAAGAGGAACUAGAACGACGUUUAAAACAAGAUCAACUAGAAGAGCAAUUGGCAAUGGAAUCGGGUCAGCCUAGAAAGAUUGUUUUUCAAAAACCAAUAAAGAAACCAUUAGCAGAGACAUUGAAAUCAUCAACGAAAACAUCUGGUAUAUCAUCAAAUUCACUUAAAUCAACUGUAAAUAAUGUAAAGAAAUCAAUUCAAAAACCAAAAGAUCAACAGUUAAACAAAAAGAAAUCAACAUCGACAUCGACAACAACAACUAAAUCAAUGUUAUCUUUUGAUGAAGAAGAUAUAUUAUUUAAACAAUAA